AUGGGGUAGAAGAUAUGCUGCACGCUACGGGGGCACAGUGGGAAAAGCCUGGCAACUCUGCACAAGCUUUUUAUAGACAUAUGGAGCAGCAAUAAGUCCAAACGGCAUCAUUUCCGGACCCAAAGCCGCACAAGCCAAGAGAACUUCUGAUAUAUUCUGCCUGAUUUGUCUUGAAUUGGAUGUCCGGAGCUCUCUUCGUCUUCAAUUGAUGGUACUUCAUUGCAGGAUCUGUCAGGAUCACUUCUGAGUGAAGCAAUUUCUGGCUCUUCCUCCCAGGUGUCACGUUGGAUGCGUUCUUUUUCUUGCUCGAUUGGCAGUGUGACUUGUUCUUGCUAUUCUCAGUGCACUUUUUUGCAGACAUGUAUUCUUCACAUCAAGUACUGAUGGCUUCUGCACUGAAGGCUCUUCUCCGGGAUGAGGAUGCAUAUCUAGAUGUGGAGAAUCACUGAAAAGACUUAAAGAUGUCCCACUUAAGGUAGUAGACUGAUGCUCGGCAUGUCAAGAACCUCUCGAAAUAGAAGCUCAAAAGGGAGUUUUACUUAUUUAUUUUCUGGCUGUCUCAAGAACAAAGACUCUUUCAUACUGAAAAUGCUACUGUUUGAUUUAAUUUUAACAUCAUACAGAAUUGAUCAAAGCUUUGCUGAGAGCAGUUUGUUUUAGUGCUAGAACUUUAGCACUUUUUCUUGAUGCUCUCUUCCUUUCUGAACUUAUUGAGAGAUACUGGACGUUCCUGAACUGAAUGAAAAGUUUUCUAACAUCAGCGUUUCCUCAAAUAGCUAUGCUAAGAUGCUCAGACCUGAGAAUGGUUCUUUCAUUCAGAUAGGGUCAAACAACACUGUGGUGGGCUUCAGACAUGAAGCCCAGUGUCCUGUCCCCUCCUGGCUGCCGCUGUCCUCCCCGUGUGAAGGAUGUUUCACGGCACAGCACUAGGACCGACUGAAGCAAGCAGAAGCCCUGACCGGAGAGCGGAGAUCCGCAGGCACAUUAAGAUGGUCAUGGAACAGCUGGAGGAAGUUCUCGUUGAACUCAAGGAUGUGGCGAAAGAGCUCCGGGAGGUUGUGGCUCAAAUUGACAAGUUAACAUCUGACAUCGACCUGGACUCAGAUGACGACCUGACACUAGUGUGCUGCAGCGAGGACCACAGUGACCUCCUGCAAACCAAGACUUCAUCCGACAACCAUUUACUGCACAAUCCUCUCUUAGAUACACUCCGCUACCCAAACAAAUCCAAGAAACAAGAGUUAGAGCUGUACCGCAGAAGCUGUGGAGAUCUACCUGCCCUCAACGGACCCCUGAAGGCCCCAAACAGCCCUAAAGCCACCUGGCUCUUCGGAUCUGGAGGACGCCUGCAUUACUAUGACAAGACUCUAUAUCACGCGCUGUGCUGCGACGAUGAUGAUUAUGAUGAAGGCAGAGGGGGAAGGAGCUCUUCAAGGCUGUCUUCCACUGAUUCGGUGUUUACAGCUUCUCCGCCGAGGUUUCUGACGCCCAGAUGCGACCGUAAAAAACACUCCAGCCCGGACUUGCAGAAAAGAGCCCUUCGUAGCUGCAGCACGCAGACCGUUUCUGAUAAAAGCACACAGACCCAUUUCCCAUACAUUCCCAGCCAAACAAAGAGCUGCAAGUGACUACAAGAACUUCCCAAAGCAUCCCAAAAAAUCUGAAGUCAUUCAUCCACAGAAUGAAACGUCUGUUGUUGUUGUUUUUAACCCUCAUGCUGUUCUUUCACAGGAAGUGGAAUUUUUUUUUUUUAAAGUAGAGAUGCAAAUCUGCAAAAAGACAAAUUAAAUCAUAAAAUAAAUCUAUGUGACAAUUUACAUACAAUUUAAACAGCUUUUAAAAUAUUUUAAAUGUACAUUAUCAUUCAAAGGUUUGGAAUAGGCAGAAUUAUUAUGUUCAUAACAGGCCUUACAGCUUUUUAAUACAGUGAAAAUAGUGCAUAUAAGCACUACCUGACAAAAGUCUUGUUGUCAAUCCCAGUUAGAGCAACAAAUAAUAACUUGACUUCUAGCUGAUCGUUUGGAAAAGUGGCAGAAGGUCGAGUUUUCAGAUGAAUCAUCUGUUGAUCUGCAUCCCAAUGAUCACAAAUACUGCAGAAGACCUACUGGAACCCGCAUGGACCCAAGAUUCACACAGAAAUCAGUCAAGUUCGGUGAAGGAAAAAUCAUGGUUUGGGGUUACAUUCAGUAUGGGGGCGUGUGAGAGAUCUGCAGAGUGGAUGGCAACAUCAACAGCCUGAGCUAUCAAGACAUUUGUGCUGCCCAUUACAUUACAAACCACAGGAGAGGGCAAAUUCUCCAGCAGGAUAGCGCUCCUUCUCAUACUUCAGCCUCCACAUCAAAGUUCCUGAAAGCAGAGAAGG